UGCAUCGUUGCAGUGACAAGCAACGCUUUCGUCCUCGUAAUCACCAGCCUCUUCCUCCUCAUCUGCCUCUUCGAAGUCAUCAAGUUCUUCCUCCUCCUCCUCCUCAAAAAAAUCAUCAUCAAUACACGCCAAAGCGUUUCCUUAAUUGGCUUGGUCAAGAUGAAGAACGACGAUGGCGUUGUGAAUGUCCGGAUGAAUUGCUCUAGGGAUUCGUGUAUGUCGGCCGAUAAUGCACGCAUCAGUAGCUGUUCGAAACCAAUUUUUCAAGUCGUGCUCAUGAGUUCUAUUUCGGCAUCGCUCAGUACGGUUAUCACGCAGCCAUUAGAUGUUCUUAAGACAAGGCUUCAGGCUCAGCCUGUUCUUAAACUCCACUCGAGUGUUGGCGUAUUGCGAACUGCCACAGGUCUUUGGUACGAAAUUCCGACUGGUGGUUGGGCCGGGCGAAUUCGGCUCUUCUGGGCAGGAACUGUCCCCUCGCUUUGGAGAUGCGUUCCUGGCAUCUGUGCGUACUUUUCCAUGCUUGAUUUCCUCGAGACCUAUCUUCCCAGAGUUUACCCCUCUGUGGACGCUUUUAUUCUUGGUUUCACUGCCCGCUCUCUAGUCGGGGGGCUUUUACUUCCCUUUACCGUUGUUAAAACCCACGCUGAAGCUGGACUGACGAGGGGUCUUUCAACAUUUUCAUCAAUUUCCCAGAUCUACGCAGCCAGCAAAUGGCGGGGCCUUUUCAGUGGUAUUGUACCAACACUUGCUCGUGACAGCCCGUACUCCGGCAUUUACUUGCUUUUCUAUACUAAAUUCAAGGCCCGUGCUACACCAUCUGGUGUCAACAGCGACCGUCAAACGACUCCUACUUUGGGCGUGUGUGCAUUCCUAGCGGCCUUCUGUGCAACCGCUGUUACGCAGCCAGCUGACGUUCUUCGGUCCAAUCGACAACUCUCCAUUGCUGUAAAGGGCGCGAAGCCAGCCACUUGGACGCGUGUCGUGAGCGACGUCUUGCGGGUGGACGGAAUCACGGGACUGUGGCGCGGCUUCUCCCUCCGACUCGCACGCCGGGCGGUGUUCGCCGUCGUUUCUUGGACUCUCUUCGACAGCAUUCCAGAGAGGCGGCAGAGUAGCCUCCGUCCAACCAGCUAG